GAAUGCCUUACGCUCAAUAUCAAACGCUACCAUGUAUCUACCAUGGAUCCUCGCAUUCUCAGCCACUCUUCUUUCAAGAGUCAUAGCUUUACCGCCCUCACAUCCGUUCAAGGAAGUUGCAAGAGCAAGAGAAUCUUCUAAAGACGUGCCUCUCAAGGUCGACCUCGGUUAUGCAGUGUACCAAGGCUCAACGAAUAAAAGUACUGGGAUCAAUACAUGGAGAGGAAUUCGCUUCGCUGCACCCCCGACUGGUACACGGCGCUGGCAGCGACCUGAGGCUCCAGCAAUCGAUCGCAAUGCAACCAUCCAGGCUGACCGAUAUGGACCUGUCUGCUAUCAAUCCCCCUUCUCUGGAGCUCCUGCAUUCCCCUCAGUUACAGUUGAGACAUCGGAGGACUGCCUUUUUCUAAAUGUUCAAAGUCCGGCAAAUGCGUCAAACCUGCCUGUCCUCGUUUGGAUCCACGGAGGUGGAUAUGGAGGCGGCAACGGCCAGACAGACUUUACUGAUCUCAUUACCGUAAACAACAACCGCUUUGUCGUAGUUACCAUACAGUACAGACUUGGUGCAUUUGGAUUUUUGGCUUCCGACGAGCUCGUAAGAAAAGGCGUUGCUAAUGCAGGAUUACUCGACCAGAAUUUCGCCCUGCAAUGGGUUCAGGAAUACAUUACAAAUUUCGGCGGAGAUCCUUCUUUAGUAACAAUAUCCGGAGAGAGUGCCGGAGCUGGAUCUGUCAUGCUUCAAGAUAUGGCCUACGGUGGAUCAUUGGGCGAAUCCUUGUUCAGAAGCUCAAUUGCUGCAUCCCCAUAUCUUCCCAAGCAAUAUGCUUUCAACGAUUGGGUGCCUACGCAGUCUUACUACGCAUUUGCCGAAGCAGCUGGAUGUCCGGUACGGGCUUACAGGAGCGUAAAUGCGACGAUAUUCGACUGCUUGGUCUCGAGAGAUGUAGCAACAUUAUCAAACGCAUCUUUAGAGGUCAGCAAUGCGGGUACAUUUGGUACAUGGGGUUUUCUUCCCGUCACAGACGGAGUAUUCCUUCAGGAUGUGCCCAGUCGCCAACUCCUUGACAAGCGCUUGAAUGGACGCAGCCUUCUAAUAGGAAACAAUGCUAACGAAGGGCCUCUCUUUACGCCACAAACCAUUACUUCGGAAGCGGACCUCCUUGAGUGGCUCCGAAAUUUGUUGCCUGAAUUUCAGGAAAACGACAUUGCUAAAGUUUUGGAAUAUUAUCCAAGCAUCGGCAGCAUAGAUAGUUCUGGUAGCAAUUUAUCCGCAACCUUUAGGAACGCGGAACAAAGCUCAUUUGCGAGUAGCCCACAGCUGCGAGCGAAUAACCUCUAUGCCGAAUUGACUUUCGUCUGCCCAUCGUAUUGGAUGGCCGAAGCCUACUCUAGUCAAGGGCACACGACUUUCAAAUACCAGUUCAGCCCUCUACCAGGAACCCAUGGGGCUGAUUUGGAAGGCUACCAAGGUCCGCUCGGCGGAUCUUUGAUUUUAAGCGUUGACUUUCAACGAGCCUUCAUGACAAUUUGGGGCAAUUUCGUUACCCAUCAGGAUCCUUCCAUCUCGUAUGAGCUGGCAGCAGGAGCUUCGUCUAAAGGAUCAGUUCAAGCCAAUCCUGUCUCAACCUGGCCUAUGUUCUCAAAUGCAUCACCCUACCAGUUAAAUUUGAACCAGACAGGCGGCACUGAGGCUAUAGGAGGAUUAGAAGUUGCCUCACCAGUUCCCACCACCUACCUGACUGGUCCAGGAUUGCAAAAUAAUUUCACACUUGUGAACGCGUACACAUGGGAGGCAGGUCGCGGCACACGAUGUGAUUUCUGGCGAGGUGUAGCCCCAUCCAUUCCAGCGUGAUUAAAAGAUAAACUUUUGGGGCUUCCAGUCUACACGCCUUCUCAGCUAGUAAAACCAUGGCAUUAUGGCUCUGUUUCUUUCUCCUGACUAGAUUCUUUAGACAAUCAUCAUCUUCUAUUCACCUUGCUUAUAACAGUGUGGUUGCUUCUGGUCGAGGAGCUAAAGGAGGAAGAAGCAAAUAUGUCACUUUUCAGUUUUCCAGUGGAGUUGUUGAUUUGAAUUUUGCUUAGUCUGUCAUUCAUGCUAGAAUCAUGUUUUCAGUUUAAAUCAUUUCUGAAGUAAUAGAGUUUUUUUUUGUGGUAGCAAAGUUAAUACUUUCGACGAAAAGAAAUUCAUUAUAAAUCCCUAUAUAAAUUUUCUGUACA